AUGGGCCGAGCCAAAGUGCAACUUGGAGGUAUGAUCAGUGGUGCUAAAGAAAUGAAAAAAAGCUUAACCCUGACCGACAAAAAAGACAAUCCAGCUGAGGUUCGAGUCCGUGUCCAGGAAGCCCGGCAGCUCAGUGGAGCAAACAUUUCCCCGCUGUGCAAAGUCAGUUGUGCAAAUCAGACGCAGGUCACUUCUGUCAAACCGUCCACAAAUUCGCCCUUUUGGGGCCAGACGUUUUUCUUCAACUUCCACCAAUCGCCAGCCAAGCUGUUCGAGGAGACCCUCUGUUUUGGAGUCUAUAACUCACGAAAGUUGCGUGCAGAUGCCCAUAUCGGUACCUUUGAACUCGAUCUGGCAUCAGUCUUUGAAAGUCCAAACCACGCCAUCAUGCACAAAUGGCUCUUGCUGGGCGAACCGGAGGAUCCUCUUGCAGGGGCGAAGGGUUACCUCAAGGUCGCUAUGGUUAUUCUGGGUCCAGGCGAUGAAGCACCCAAUCUUAAACCGAAGGAUGAAUCUGAAGACGAAGAUAUUGAAGCAAACAUUCUGCGACCUGCUGGUGUACAACUGCGACCAGCCCUCUUUCAUUUCUCACUGUUCAAUGGAGAAGACUAUCCCAGAAUGGACUCGGAUGCAUUUUCUGGUGUAAAGAAGUUCUUUGGAUCUUCUUCGGACGAGGAAAAAGAAUUUGUUGAUCCAUUUGCUAUCGUCCAGUUUGCGGGAAAAGAGGUCAAAUCCUCGGUAAAAAAGGGAACAGAUCAUCCAGAAUGGUACGAGGAAUUGAAGCUUGCUGUCCAGUUCCCGUCAAUGUGCGAUAAACUCAUCAUAACUGUUUACGACUGGGACAAAAUAUCGAAAAAUGACCCCAUUGCAAGCGCAUUCAUCAACGUCAAUGAGGUUUCCGCACUUCGAGAAGGCGAAGACGGUUAUCUGCCAACAUUUGGUCCCACAUUUGUCAACUUAUACGGGUCCCCACGCGAGUUUUCGACCCUCGGAGACAAAUAUGAGGCGCUAAAUCUCGGAAAAGGUGAAGGAGCAGCCUAUCGAGGCCGCGUUUUCUGCGAGUUGUCCACUCAACUCACAGACGAUCCUCAAGAAAGCGGAAUUGUGCCAAUCAGUGAGGACAACAAACAACGCGUCCAGAAAUUCAUGAGGCGGCGGAAGUUCAUGCUGCACGCAGCCUUCUAUCAGGCCAAUAUGGUCGAUUGUACCGACGCACCCGUCUCCUUCGAAGUAAGUAUCGGCAACUUCGGUAACACCCUGGAUGAAUCUAUCGGUCCUUCUGCUUCAACCACAUGUCCAACAAAUGCAGUUUUUGAUGGCUGCUACUACAAUUUCUUGCCAUGGGGUGACUCUAAGCCCUGCGUUAUGGUGGACUCGCAGUGGGAAGAUAUUUCUUAUCGACUCUACGCAGUGAAUAUGAUUUCACGCAUUUACGACGACCUGGAAUACGGCAUAGAGGGUAUUGAGAUGAGCCUGAAAGUUGAUAUGGAAGAGCAAGACCUCGCAAAUACCGACAAAUACUACUUAACUGCUAAUGGGACAAAACUGCCUGAAUGGCAUGAGGCUUGCACGCCAGUCAAUGAACUGGACACGAAAAUCCAACACCUUCGGGAAGAUGACAUCAAAACCAUUGUGGAGCAGGCAACGAAACUGAGGGAGGAGGCAACCACCGUGGAGGAGGUCAUUCCCGAGCUCAAACGUUACCUCCACAUGCUUAAGAACCUCAUAACUGAGCCCCAAAACAGCAUGCCUGAUGUCAUAAUAUGGAUGAUAGCUGGAGACAAACGUGUAGCCUACUUCCGUAUUCCUGCCUACGAUUUGCUUUACUCCGAAGAAGACUUGUACCGUGGCCGGUAUUGUGGUGUAACUCGAACUAUUCAGCUGAAGGUUCCACUGCUAAAGAGCGAGGACAAAUCUGAACACUGGAAGAUACCUGCACAAGUACGUUUGUCGCUGUGGCUGGGGUUAGAAAAGGAUCAGACAAAUUGGCUCGAACGCAGCGACGAGGGACAUGUGACUGUUGUAGCUGAAACGUACGAAAACCAAGCCUGCCUUGCCGGCAACUGGAGCUCCCAUAAACCUCCCCUUACAAGAAACCCUUGGACUGAUGUUACUGGCAAAAUGGAAUUGCCCAAAGACGGUUUCGUUCCCCCACAGGGAUGGCAGUGGGACGGCGAAUGGGAAGUUAGCCCCGAGCUCUCUAUGCUAUUCAAAAAGGAUGCAGGAGCAACCCAGUUCGUUGAAUCAGUCUACUACAAUGAGACGAGGACGCCUGUUUCAGGUUGGGUUGCGGCAUCUGUACCAUACACUGACUCGACGGGUGAACCAAAACCUCCGCUCGACCAAUAUCCUCUGCCCGAGGGUUGGGCCUGGGACGAUGACGCGUGGCAGGUGGAUACCAGCAGACCAUGCGAUGAAGACGGUUUCGAAUAUUCCGUCGACGAGAAGGUUGGGAACUAUGUCGCUGUAGAGAAAGUCUACCACAUGGCCCGCAGGAAGCGGUUGAUUCGCAAACGUAGCAGCAUGACGCCUGCUGCAGCGGAAGGUUGGGAAUAUGCCCUGCACUUUACCAGUAGAUUCCAUGCGCAAAAGAAGACCACUGAUUCAGUUCGCCGACGUCGUUGGCACAGAAAGAUGGUUCCAAUGAACCCGGAUAUUGUUGUUCCCGGCGUCUUUCAGAUGACAAAGGGCAGCGGCGACGGCGAGGUUAGCUGA